AUGACGAUGUCGACGAUAGCGAUUGACCAGAACUUCCGCCCUACCGUUCUCAACCACGAUGAAUCGAGCAGAGCGAUAAUCGUGAUGAGCGUUCCCGUGGAUAUGAAACCAUGUCAGGCCGUGGAUGAUGAAGAGAUCAUGGUUGAAUACAUCGCCGCUGUUGAGGAGGACGUCGAACGGUUCCUUAAGACCCAGAACCACCGGAUCUCUGGAAUAGAGGAGAUCAUAGUUGAUGAUACAGCGGCUGGAUUGGAUUACCACGUUUGUGCAUACUUACAGCAGUAUCCCAUCACAAUCUGGCCUGGAAGGCACAAUCGCAGCGCGGAUGAUGGAAGGGUGUUCGAGAACAUGCUCAAGAAUCAUGCAUUGUCUGGAUCUGGACCUGCUAUUCUGAUUACUGUACAGCCUCUCAAGCAAGCCUAUAUUCGGCCGCCGCCACCCCAUCAGGUGGAUAUCGAUUUUGUGGGGAUACAGGAAGGCUUUCAAGCGCAUUACGCUACCCUAGUCGACACGGACGUCAACAAAUACUUGGAAUUCAGAGAGGAGAGUUUUUCGAGCUUUGUGACCGUCAAUCUACAUCUACGAGGCGUCUCUAUAAUAAAAAAUACGCCUUUGCUAGUCUCCCCAAGGGGAUCGCGACCCAAAGCCGACCCUGAGCCGUCUCGUGUUUACGUUCACGGAGCUGUGGCGCAUUGCGGAGUGAAUGCUUCACACAAGUCCAUUAAGCACAAGACAGUUGGAAAGACUGCGCAUCAUCUCGAUAAUCGCAUAUCCGACUUCAAAGGCGUCCAGCAUAUCGAGAAGAAAUUCGGCAAGAAGCCCUGCCAUGAUCAUCAUCAACUUGGAAAAUGCAGCAGAGGAUGGGCGUGCCAGUAUCUCCACGAUCAGAUACAAUUCAGCCCUACUGCCUCGAUUCAAUACCGAGUUUAUCUUGGUUUGUUCCGCCAUUCAACCAAAAACUGUGGCGUUAGGUAA